AUGCAGCUGCUGGAGGACCUUGUCCGGGGCAAGGUCUUCACGCACAAGGAGAUCGAGAAAGGGCCGGCCACGCAUGCAUCGGAGGCUGGCUGUCCAAUGCUGUCGACGGAUCCCUGCCCGGACGAGUCCUCCGUCUUCUGGUUCCCCUACAAGGUUGUGAUCGCCACCCUUGCUUGCGCCUUCGUCCAAGGGUCCCCGAAGCGCCGCAUCGCGGCCCUGGACGAGCGCCUUCCCAUCAUUCCCCUGAUCUCCGACAACCAGGGAAACAUCUAUUCUCUCAUCGAUAACAAGUCCAGAAAGAUGCCUUCAGCGGCCAUUCUCAUCGAACUUAUGUCUUUGCUCCGGGUCAUCGUCUUCGUGUCAACCGCCUACUCAGAGGCAAAGCCGCCCCCGGCGGCGCCGCCACCGGCAAAGGCAAAGGCCCAGGGAGUGCCAGAGCCGCGGCUGGCACACUUGGCGGCAGAGGAUGGGCUGAUGGGUAUGGCUCUGAACGGCACAGGUUUCAGUUUCCGAAUCCAGGCUGGCGCAAAGCUCGAAUCGGAAUUGCAAGCCGACUUCAACCGCGCUCACGAGGCAAGCGGCAAGUACAAGGCUGCUCAGACCGAGAUCGCAAAGGAGCUGAAAGCUCUCAGCAAUGGCACCCAGAACUUGCAGGAAGGCGCUCAGAGGAUUAGACUUGGAGAGAAUGCACCCUGGAACAUUGUAGACGAGCAUGGCAGAUGA